CGAACAGUACAGGUCGCGCGCGAUCUUCGUGCACGCGCAUCAGCCGGCGUCAAGCAGUACUGUGAUCUUCCUAAACUUGAUACCGAGGAGAGCGGCAACUGUCUCUCUAAAAUCACAAUUAAACCCCACACGACUCGACAAUUAACUCUUUUGAUGUCAAAAGAAGGGCUGUUACCGAACUAGUUUUCGACGUUUAAUGUGAAGUACGAGAAAAAAAAUAUACCCAGUUUGAGAUGGGGAAGUCCCGCAAGGAAAUCCCCUCUUCAUAAGAUAAUUUCGAAAUUGAGUGAGGCUCUCACAAAGCUGAAGCUUUCUGCCUUUGGUCUACAGCAGACGCAUGCCAGCCUAUGACACUCAAACCUGUACAAUCUAUGGGAAAAUCGACCUUUAUGUAUUGCCUUUAACGCGCGAGCGGAUUAUGUUCAGCAUGGAUGAGGUAAAGAGGGAGAACGAAGCGCUGAGGGCGAAGUUGCGCAGCUACUCGACACUCAACACAUUUUACCACGAAACACAACAAGAAAUUGGUCGUUUAAAUCAAUUGGUCUCCUCCAAAGACGGAAUUAUUGCCGAUUUGAGGGCAAGACUGGGGAACUAUGAGAAAACAUUGGUCAUAGAGGGAGAGGAACCCUUUCUUGUAGGGCCGUCGAAAUCUCUCAUCGAGAGUUUGUGUAAGGAAAUUUGCAAAUUAAAGCAAAAACUCAAGGAGUCAGUGGAGGACACCGCCCAGAAAUUGGAAACCAGUAAAACAGAGAUCCAGAGAUUGCAAGAAAGGUUGAAGGAGAAGGAUCAAGAGCUGGAGACCGUCAGGGAAAGGCCCGAGCAGGAGAAAGAGAGGGAGAUCCAGCGACUGCGCUCCACAUUGGCCGAAGUCGAUCGGACACAGGCCACCAGGGCCGUCCUUUGCAACUCUCUCGCUGAAGAAGCCGAGCAGUUGAGGGCACAGCUGGGGGCCACCGUGCAGGUGUGCCAGGAGCUUUUGGGGCGGCUGGAGAAAGAGAAAAGCAAGAUAGCUAUGACGGAUCAGAAAACUCAAGCAAAUGAGACAAAAGAUUCCCCUGAAGUUCCUCAUCUAAAUGUCAUCAUCAGCAAGUUAGAAGAGGAGAAUGACCAGCUUAAAAAGAGAGUUGCAUAUGUGGAAAGUUUAAACUCAAAGUGGCAGAAGUAUGACUCCAGUAGAGAGGAGUACGUGAGGGGUUUGUGUCAGAAGUUGAAAGAGUCAAACGGUCUGGCAUCUGCAGGUCCGACCAUGACCCAGACUGUGGCUCUGGUUCCGGCUGCGGGCAGCAUGCCUUUGUUCCAGCAGGAGAUCGCGCGGCUCAAUGGCCUCCUGCAGGACAAGAUGAUGGAGUGUGAGAGACUCAGCAGAGAGAGGGAUGACAGUAAAAGAAGAGACCAGGAAUGCAUUCAGAUGCUUGAGCAGCAGGUUUUGGCCUAUAUUGAGGACUUCAAAUCGGAGAGGGCAGACCGAGAAAGGGCUCAGGGUAAAAUCCUGGACCUUCAAGAUGAAGUUGGGCGACUUCAACUGCAAAUACGCACACAGAGUGUCCAAGAUGCCUCAUCCUCACGGCGACUUCACAUGGGCCUAAAAAAAGUUCCUCAUCGACAGACGGACAUUGCCGAACCACUAAGAAACAGUCCCCCAGAAACAAACUCAAAGAGGACUAUCAGUAACACAGCACCGCAGGGAGCUGCUGAACUGCAGUGCCCUCGCUGUCUCACCACAUAUGACGACGAGCACACGGCCGAAUACCUAAAACACUGGGACGAGUGUGCCAAGCUGUGAGUCUCUCACCCAACUGACUUUUCACAGGGCACCGAAAGCACUGAGGACAGAAUCACUACAAGCUUGCAGACUAUGGGAUGUUUGACAGGUGUUGAUGAAGGCAGGGACACGUUUAAACAGGACUGGGUCGAAGGAAGAGCUUUUUUUUUUUUUUUUUUUUUUUUUUAAUUUGGGCUUGGUUGAUGUUAAGAAGGUCGCUUGUGGCAUAGGACUCAAGACAUGACUUUGGGUUGGUCAUUCCCAGUUCAAAGGCUUACUCACAUGGGCGGUCAUUGAUGGUUUGGUUAUGAAAUGUUAUUAAAUCUCAAGCAUUUGUGGUUUAUAAGUCACUGGGUUUUGGCAUUUGUUUGGUUUCGUGGUAUCAAGCAUGGUACAUUUUGUCUUAAGAGUUUCAAUCAAAUUUUGCUUAAUACUGUAUUGCAGAUCUGUGUAUAAUUCAGAUGGAUCGUAAAAUUGGUAUCAUAUACCUCAUCCAUAUGUAUUCUCUUUAUCAGCUGGUUUGCACUUUUUGCUAUUUUCAUUUUAUUGUUGUCAAAAUCAUAUGAUAAAAGUACAUAACCUUUUAUAUUUAAUACAUAAGCUUCAUUGUUAUUAGACUGUCGAAUAUAAUUCAUACUGUUUCUUAUGGUGCUAUUUGUAAAGUUUAUUGUAAUAUUUUUAUAUUUCAUUUUUUGUUUAUUUGUAAGUGUAUUUUUAUUAUUUCCCUUGGGCUUACAUUUUAAAUCAGAAAGGUUCAUUUGUACCAGAAUAUACAGAGCAGCACAGCGCACAUUAUAAAUAAUCUUUCAAUAUUUGACUUUCUGAUUCAUAUACAUAUAUAUCAAACUUUAGUUUCCGGUUAUAAAUGUUAAAUGGCUCCGUCAGGCACUUUUUGACUGUGAGGUACUUGCCAUUCGAUCCCCCUCUGCAGCUGAAAACAUUCUAGUUUUAAGUAAGAGAGGAAGUUCCCUACAUCCUGGUAAAUCGUGAAAUUUUCACAUCUCAGAUGCGCCGUAUGACAAAAUGGCCUCCUAUUGCAGAGCAUUUAAACACUUUUGGGGGGUUUUAAGGCACUGACAACAAUAAUAUCAAAUGACAAUAUGACAUUAUUACAGAGAUGCCAAACUAAGAAAGAGAAAUGUGAUAACUAUAGGAGGAUUUAUUUUUACAAUAAAAUGUUUGCUUAAGGAACCUAUUCUGAACUGUAUAAUCUUGCUUGUGUCUGUGAGUGUUUGUACAGUCAAAGGUGAUUUUUAGGAAGAUAUGGGAAGCCAGACACUGAGAGAGUUGUGAUAAUGCUGCCAAGAUCAUGAGGCAUAGUGUGUCAUGAAGCAUUAAACUCAAGUCCCAUGGGAUUUGAAAGUGUGUGUGUAUGUGCACAAGUGGUGGAAAGCCCCUUGCCAAGCACAACUGAAUGGACAGGCAAAUGCAGCAAAUUCUCAGCUGUCCCGAGGCCUAGAAGUGACUAGAAGAGAAACAGGCGACUGUCGGGAUAUAGCGGGACUGGCUAUUUAAAGGGCAGGAGGCUAUAGGACCAAGCAAGGUUAUGUCUUUAACUGAAACUAGAUGUGUUGUGUUUCUGUGUUGUACAAACACUAAUAUCACCAAAUUAAAAUCCUACUGUUAAACUCAUAAAUAUUUUGUUCCUAGCUUAACUGCUGCCAUAGUUUUGAGAAGCUAGUAACACAUUAUCCAACCCAAAAUGAAGGGAUUCGGUGUGUGACUAAAAUGAAGCAAAAGCGUGACACAAUAAUAUACUCACGCACCAUUGGUGAUAGUCAGGAAACCUUAUGUGCGUCCAUAUGUGGUUCUGUGGAAUUUGUUUAACAGAGUGCUGACAUUUUUGUAGGACAAAGAAUUUAGCACUUGUAGUUCCAUCAUCCUGAAAUAAGGUCUGUGUUUACUACAAGCGUAAGAUAUUUUCAGAUUUAUCUAAAUGGGACUACAGAGGCUGUUGGGGAAAUUAACUGUCAUGCAGAACAGGCAAACUCAUCUACUCACUAGUAUGCUUUCACAGCCUUGUUGAGUUCGUAAUUGCAUGCUUGAAAUCUAGGAAAGAGUUUUGGUGGUGAAGUUUGAUUAUGGCCUACAUUUAGCCUUUAACUUCUGGUGAUUGUUUUUAGGCUUCAAAAUAAAUAAAAAUUGUGUUCAUUUGUGAAUGAUGAACAAAAAAUGUAAGAAUCA